AUGAAAUUAGGCAAAAAUUUGCAAGUAGUACAGAAAGUGCAACAUAGGAGUGUGUUUGAUGUUCCAAAGGUGGAAGCUAUGCCAAGAGAUGACGACGAAGGGGUGAUCAGUAAUGAUGAAGCAUAUCAACAGAAUGAGUCCUGCAUUAUUGAUGGGAUUGUCCAAGUAGAAGUACAUGAAUUGGGGCCAUUGAAUAGAGAUGACGUUGAUUCAAAUCGUAUUAAUACAAGUGAUGUGGAUAACGAGGGAGUAGAUGACGCAAAUAGUGAAGAAAGUGAUGGACAAGAUGACACACUAGACGAUUAUUGUACUGAUGAAGAAGAGAAUAUGUGUGCCGAUGAUGAUGCAAUCCAGACUUUCGUCGGAGGAGUGGUCCUUCGUCGAACUCCUUCUCAAACCUCAGAUCUUUCACUAGAGGAGUGGUUCUUCGUCAGAGGUAGGGUCCAGCGCCGAAGUGAUCUUCGUCAGCGGUAA